AUGACAAGCAACCUAACAUCCUGGGCCCUGCCCCAUCUACAGCGAUUGCUUCCUGUCGACGAGGAAUCCCUCAAGGAGACCAUAACCUAUUCUGCUUCUCUAUCGAAGGAAGCUGCCGCAGAGCAUCUUAAAAACUUGCUAGGUGACUCGGCCCUAGCUUUAGAAUUUAUCUCCUCUUUCAACUCCCGCCGACCAGAAACAACCUAUACCAACUCUUCGCAGCCUAGCGAACCAGCUGAGCCUUCACGACCUCAGACAUCCCAUGAGAACGGCCCGAGCCCUAGAAAGAGAAAGAAUAAGAAGCCCAAGGCGCCACUUCACAAUGCAGGUCCCCUCCGGCGUCCAGAUAAUUAUGGCGAUGUCGGGGGCGGGUACAACAAGUCUUCUACAGAGCAGGACUACAUGCCCAAAGCAUUGCGAGCAACAACGACAGGGCUUUCGCAUUCUCUGUCAUUAUCGCAAGAGCCAGCUGCCUUACAAAUCUCUGACCAGACGCAUCAGAUAGCCUCCUCGCCAACGCACCCCAGAGAGCAUAGUCCAACAUCACAACCCAAGCUGCCUCCAUCCGCCUCAGGUUCUCUUAUUUCAGAUCUUCCGAACGUCAAAUCCAAGGCUGCCAAGAAGCAAGCACACAGUUCUGGCUCCUCAACACCUCAAAAGACGACAACAACCUCCAGCAUCAACGACCUUACUUCAGCGAUUGCCCUCCUUGAACUCAGCACCAAUCCGUCAUUGUCCUCGGAACGACGAAGAUGUCCAUGCAAUGCAUCGAUACAUCCAUUAUUUGAAACUGCCCCCAACUGUUUGUCAUGUGGCAAGAUCAUAUGUGCGUUGGAAGGCUUACAGCCGUGCUCUUUUUGCGAUAACCUUAUACUCUCAAAGGAACAGGUGCAGACCAUGAUUAGAACGCUGAAGGAUGAAAGAGGGCAAGAAAGAAUGGCGGCGCAUAAUGCUGCAGCAUCACAUUCAGGCAGAGGAUCGCCGAUGCUCGGAUCCCGUGUAGCAACACCCGAAAGUAGCGGAGAUGAAGCCUCAGCGGCGGCUGCCAAAGCGCGGGCUCAUCGAGACAGACUACUAGCAUUUCAGAGAGACAAUGCGCAACGUACUAAAGUGCAUGACGAAGCUGCCGACUUUGAUAUGACAGUCACUUCCGGGGCCACGCAAUGGAUGAGUCCAGUGCAACGAGCAGCAGCACUCAAGAAACAACAGAAGUACUUGAGGGAAUUGGGCGAAGCCAACAAGCCAGAGUGGGAGAAGAAGAAGAUGGUCAUGUCGAUGAGUAUCAGAAACGGGAAGCUGGUACGUACCUAUGAGAACGUCAGAAGCACUGCUCCACCCGAAGCAGAUGACGCAGCCGACGCGGCAGACGAGGACCAGGAAGUAGAUUCAAGUAUGAGCCAGACAGGACAGGGGCUGAGUCGGAACCCGCUACUUGCUGGUGGAGGGCUCAUUCGACCCAUAUGGAAGGCGCCGGAUGAAGAGAAAGGGAAAGGAAAGGUACGAGAGCCUACGGAACGACGGGAGACAUGGAGAAGGGUUCAAGACGACAAUGAUGAUAAUGAGCACUGGAUACUAGACGGAGGUAUUCAUGGAUUCGAAGACGGCAGCAACCAGGGAAAGGGUUGA